CGGGAGCCACCGGUCGGUUGCCAGGGGCAACGUAGGGGGCCUAGGGCCGGGGCGCGGAGCCUGAGCGAGCGAGCGCGAGCCCGGGGCCCUGCCCAGGGACCCUGCCUGUGUGGGUGCUGUGGGGCGCCUGGCGAUGGCGCUGGUCAGCGGGCUGGUGCCCGCCCGCUUCCUGACCCUCACGGCCCAUCUCGUCAUCGUCAUCACCAUCUUCUGGUCCCGGGACAACAACGUCCUCGCCUCGCUGCCCCUGCAAUACAGCCAGCAGCAGUACCAGCGCCAGGACGUGGAGCUGGUGGUGGCCCUGUCAGUGACGCUGGGCUUGUUCGCCGUGGAGCUGGCCGGCUUCCUCUCCGGGGUGUCCAUGUUCAACAACACGCAGAGUCUGCUCUCACUGGCCGCUCACUGCAGUGCCUCCAUCUGCCUCUCCUUCUUCGUCUUGGAGCGCUGGGAGAGCGCCACCUACUGGUACAUCCUGGCCUUCUGCAGCGCCGUGCCUGCUGCCUUCGAGAUCCUGCUCUUCGUGUCCGUCUUCGGGUUCAAGAGGAGGCCCCUGUGAGCCGGAGCCGGGCCCCCCGGGAGGUCUGUUCCACUGGCCCCACAGGCUCUGAGCCGGGGGGUGGAUACGCUGGACGGGGCGCUCGCCAGCGGCCCCCCCCCCCGCUGCUCCUCAGCCCUGCAGGCCGGGUGCUGGACGGGGCAGCAGGUGGUGGGGUGGCUGCAUGGGGCUGUCAGGACCUGGUGCUCUGCCUCUAGGGGGCAGGGCUGAAUUAGCCCCCUAGGAGCCUGCAGUGAGCUGCACCAGGACACCCCAGUGGUGGCAGGCGGUACUGCACCCUGCGUCAGCCCCAGGGGACCCUGCAGUGCCCCCCAGGGGCAACAGGCGGGACUGCACCCUGCAUCAGUCCCAUAGCAAUCUGCAGUACCCCCCAGGAGACCCCCAGUGGCGACAGGCAGUACUGCACCCUGCGUCAGCCCCAUGGGAACUUGCAGCGCCCCCCCCCCCGAAGAGCCCCCAUGGCUGCAGGCGGUACUGCACUCGGCAGUGCAUCAGCCCCUCUGCAUGGCGGUGAUAGGAUCGGUGGGGUGGAGCCUCUAAGGAGCAUCUGACACAGCGAGGGAGAAGAAUUAUUCCUGUUUCGACCAGCUGCUCCCCCUCUGGCUGUGUCCCCCUCCCCCAGGCCGGGGCCCGCCCUGCCCCAUGAAUAAAGCUGACUUUCCUACCCAGA